AUGGGUGGGAAGCCGGCGUGUGGCAGCGGCAAGGAGGUGGGCGAGUACGACCUCGGCCUCCACGUUUUGGGUUUGUUCCUGGUCCUGGCGGCUUCGAUAGCUGGCGCCGGCUUCCCCGUUGUCGCAAAGAAGGUCAAAUGGGUCAAGGUGCCAACGAGGGUCUUCUUCGUCAGCAAGCACUUCGGCACCGGCGUCCUGAUCGCAACGGCGUUCGUCCACCUGCUCCCCACGGCGUUUGGCAAUCUGUUGGAUCCGUGCCUCCCGGAUCUGUUCACUGACAAGUACCCGCCCAUGCCUGGUGUGAUCAUGAUGGCCUCGAUGUUCUGCCUCUUCAUCAUCGAGAUGUACCUCAACAGCAAGAUGGGCGGUCACUCUCACGGCGGCCCAACGGGCUUUGUGACGCGUGCCUCUUCCCCGCCGCCGCGGCCUCCCAGGUACACGGCCAAUUCGGAUUUCGAGGUUGAAGACGUCGAGCUCGAGAAGAAAAGGGCACAAAAGAUGUACGACGAGAAGGUCAGGGACCAGCAGCUCGCGGACCCGGUCGGCGAUGGUGGCGAGUUCGCCGUCCAGUCCGAGAUGCCGCCUUGGUUCGUCGUCUUCUACGAGCAGUACGUCCGGCAGAGGCUCGAGAUGCUCAACAUGAUCAAGUCGAUACGGCAGCAGCAGCAGCAGCAGCAGCAGCAGGCCGACGCGUUCGCCAAGCAGCAGCAGAUCACAGUCACCGAGACAACACCGACCGCCGUCGCCGACUCGCCGUACAUCGACCUGGAAACCGGACAGGCGGUGGACCCGCACGUGUACCGCAUGAUGUCGCUGAACAUCACGCUGCUCGAGGGCGGCAUCCUGUUCCACUCGGUCUUCGUCGGCAUGACCGUCUCCAUCACCAUCGACGGCUUCGUCGUCCUGCUGAUCGCCAUCCUCUUCCACCAGGUGUUCGAGGGCCUCGGGCUCGGAUCGCGCAUCGCCGCCGUCCCCUACCCGCGCCGCAGCAUCCGCCCGUGGCUGCUCGUCGUCGCCUUCGGCACCACCGCCCCGAUCGGCCAGGCCAUCGGGCUGAUUGCCAGGGACUCGUACGACCCGAACAGCGCGUUCGGCCUGAUCAUCGUCGGCGUGUUCAAUGCUAUCUCGGCCGGCCUCCUCCUCUACGCUGCUCUUGUCGACCUGCUCGCGGCAGAUUUCCUGUCCGAGGAAGCCAACGCGACGCUGACCAAGAAGGACCGGAUACUGGCGUUUGGCUGUGUCAUUCUCGGAGCAAUUGGCAUGUCCAUCGUCGGCGCCUUCGCCUAA